CUUCCGGCUACCGGCGGGUGAACUGAUAAGAGAUAAAACGCGUGCCUCUCGGCGAUCGACGUGCGACUAAGAGCUGGUUGAAUCAAGCUCCCCGAACUCUCUGCAACUUUUUCCAAGACACGCGGCGGAGGAGGAUUUCGUGCUGCAUACACGACUUUUGAGGGGACUUCCGAGGGGCUUGCCAUUGUUUGCACAGCUUUGUUGCUCGUGGUACAGCUUGCGGACAUUUCCCCAGCCUUCCCCACCACGACUGCGAUUGUUGAGCUCGACAGAAAAUCGGUCUGCCAGCAGCAGGCGGAUUUCCAGUGAGGAGAAGCAGCAUGGCGACAACCGCUCUGCGCCUGCGGGCACAGUGGCUCGCCACCAGACGUCCACUGUCUGCGCAAUGCCUUUAUCGACCGACGAACCGAUUGUGCACCGUUCGAGCGUACCACUCCUCGCCAGCAGAUGCGGAAUCUGCUCGCACUCGAUCGCGGGGCUUCUACUCGAGUGCGCAGACGACAAAUGGCGAUCUGGAGGUCAAGAGCCAUGACUCUUCCAUUUUCGCACCUCUCGAUACCUUUCCACGCCGCCACAUCGGGCCGACCGCUUCCACGACGGAGGAGAUGCUCCAAGCUCUCGACCCUCCAGUGAAGAGCUUGGAUGAGUUUGUCAAGCAGGUUCUCCCAGAGUCCAUCCUGACGAGCAAAGACCUCAAUGUCGAGGGACCAGUUCCCGAGUCGGGCUCUGUGCCCACGACUGAGGGCGGCUAUUCGGAGAGCCAGCUGUUGGCCCGCCUGAAGCAAAUCGCGAGCGAGAACAAAGUGUACAAGUCGUACAUUGGAUGCGGAUAUGCGGGAACCCGCGUGCCUGAAGUGAUCAAGCGUAACAUCCUGGAGAACCCAGCAUGGUACACCAGCUACACUCCAUACCAGCCGGAGAUCAGCCAGGGUAGGCUGGAGUCGCUGUUGAACUUCCAGACCAUGGUGACAGAUUUGACUGGAUUGGCCAUUGCAAAUGCAUCUCUGCUUGACGAGCCGACAGCCGCCGCUGAGGCAAUGACGUUGGCUAUGAACUCGCUGCCAGCAUCGCGCCUCAAGAAGAUGGAGAAGAAGGUGUGGUUGGUUUCUCACCUCGCCCACCCGCAGACCAUUGCCGUUCUUGAGAGCAGAGCACAAGGGUUUGGUAUCACCAUCGAGGUGGCGGACAUCCUUGCAAACGACUCUAAGCGUGUCGAUGAGCUUGGCGACAGCCUGCUCGGUGUUCAGGCACAAUAUCCAGACACACUGGGAGGCGUCGAAGACUACAGAGCUCUCGCAGACAAAGUGCACAAAUACCAGGGCACUUUUGCAGUCGGCACUGAUCUGCUCGCCCUGACGCUUCUCACACCACCCGGCGAGUUCGGCGCAGAUGUUGCGUUUGGUAAUGCUCAGCGAUUUGGCGUACCUUUCGGCUUCGGUGGUCCACACGCUGCCUUCUUUGCAGUCAGUGACAAGCACAGCCGAAAGAUUCCUGGUCGUCUCAUUGGUCUAUCGAAGGAUCGUCUCGGAAACAAUGCCGCCCGUCUCGCACUGCAAACACGCGAGCAGCACAUUCGGAGAGAAAAGGCCACCAGUAACGUCUGUACCGCACAAGCACUCUUGGCCAACAUGAGUGCAAUGUACGCCAUCUAUCACGGUCCUGAAGGUCUGAAGAAGAUCGCCGAGAAAGUUGCAAAGAUGACACAGGUACUUGCAAAGGGUCUGCAGAGCGGAGGCCUGGAGGUCCGCCAGCCAGUCGCAUUCGACACAGUCGUCGUGAAGAAGCAUGAUGCCCCAGGCUUUGCGGCCAAGAGCGUGGCCAACUUCUUGACCAACUUCCGCGUUAUCGACAACGACCACAUCGGUAUCACCAUUGAUGAGACUGUUGGCAAGAAGCAAAUCGAUGAAAUCUUCAAGGCUUUCACCACUGAUCCUAUCGAUGUCGAGGCCCUUGCUCGAGGAGUUGAGGCAAACUCUCAGGUUCCUGAAUCGCUAAGACGAACUUCUGAGUUCUUGACACACCCGGUCUUCAACUCCUACCACUCUGAGACCGAGAUUCUUCGCUACAUGCACCACUUGCAAUCGAAGGAUCUGUCACUCGUGCACUCCAUGAUUCCACUGGGAUCUUGCACAAUGAAGCUCAACGCAACGACCGAAAUGCUUCCCGUUACCUGGCCCGAAUUUGCCACCAUUCAUCCUUUCGCGCCGAGCGACCAAACCAAGGGCUACCAGACUCUGAUCAAGGAACUCGAGGAUGAUCUUGCUGAGAUUACUGGCUUUCACUCCGUGUCGUUGCAACCUAACUCCGGUGCUCAAGGAGAAUUUACUGGUCUACGUGUCAUCCGCAAGUACCAAGAGCAGCAGCCUGGCAAGAAGCGUGACAUUUGCCUGAUUCCAGAAUCCGCUCAUGGUACCAACCCAGCGUCUGCUGCGAUGGCCGGAAUGCGUGUUGUGACAAUCAAGUGCGACACCAAGAAGACGGGCGAUCUCGACAUUGCAGAUCUGAAGGCUAAGUGUGAGAAGUACAGCGAGGAGCUUGGCGCUUUCAUGGUCACCUACCCUUCCACAUUCGGUGUUUUCGAGCCAAAGGUCAAGGAAGCCUGCGAUAUUGUGCAUCAGCAUGGCGGACAGGUCUACAUGGAUGGAGCGAACAUGAACGCUCAAAUUGGUCUCUGCUCGCCAGGCGAGAUCGGUGCUGAUGUGUGCCAUUUGAACCUGCACAAGACCUUCUGCAUUCCACACGGAGGUGGUGGACCUGGUGUAGGACCAAUUGGUGUUGCUGAGCACCUUGCUCCUUUCUUGCCAGGUCAUCCUUUGGUUGCCAACGUUGGAGGUGAGAAAGCUAUCGCACCAGUCUCCGCUGCACCAUGGGGCUCUGCCAGCAUUCUGCCAAUCUCCUGGGCAUAUAUCAAGAUGAUGGGUGCCCGAGGACUCACGCAUGCGACCAAGAUUACAUUGCUGAACGCAAACUACAUCAUGUCGCGUCUGCAGGAGAAUGGCGAAUACGACAUUGCUUUCACCAACGCAAAUGGACGCUGUGCACACGAGUUCAUCCUCGACACGAGAGGCUUCAAGAAGUCUGCCGGAAUCGAAGUUAUCGAUAUCGCCAAGCGUCUGCAGGACUACGGAUUCCACUCACCGACCAUGUCAUGGCCAAUCGCCAAUACUUUGAUGAUUGAGCCUACCGAGUCGGAGUCCAAGAGCGAGCUUGAUCGCUUCUGCGAUGCGUUACUGUCCAUUCGUGAGGAGAUUCGCGAGAUUGAGAAUGGCUCACAGCCACGCGAGGGAAAUGUGCUCAAGAUGGCUCCUCACACUCAGCAAGACUUGAUCACGUCUGAGUGGGAUCGACCGUACAGCCGAGAGAAGGCGGCUUACCCACUAGCGUGGUUGAAGGAGAAGAAGUUCUGGCCCAGUGUCACCAGACUGGAUGACGCGUACGGUGACACGAAUUUGUUCUGCAGUUGUGCUCCAGGCGGCACCGUUGAGGACCAGCCGGUUCAGUCGACAUAGUCGACACAGCCUCUUGUGUCUCGUUUCUCCCGAACCUCAAGCCACAGCAUCUGAUGCUUGCGACUUGAGGCUUGGUGGGACCACAGGGCACUUUUCAACACUUUCGAGAUAGUACACCUGCCUAUGGGCUUUCAACAGCGUUCAAGCGAGGCGUUCAACAGAGGGGAAUCGGGUAUGACACCGGGCUAGGUCAUGGUCUUUUUUAACAUUGGUCCCAAAGUUUUAACAUGGGAUGGACGAGUUGUAAUGAAUCAGAAUUCAACUGAAUCGACAGUGAGAAGAGCUAGCGA